AAGAAAAGAACCCUUCCUUCUCCACACCACACUACUAUGAGUUCACCGCUACUCCCUGUUGCCACCUCCUCCGACGCCCACGCGCCAAACCCGCGCGUGCUGCCACUUUAUGACAUCUUUAGUUUUCUCAGCACCACAAUCAGCAGCGGCAUCAUAACCUACCUCGCCUACACCAAAAACGACACCCCAAUGCUCCUCUUCGCCGCCUUCAUCUACGUCGUUUACUUCUCCGUCGACUUCUCCCCACCACCACAACAACCCAAGGCGCGUGGGCUCCACGCCGUGAAACUCGCGUCGUGGGCGUUGCUGAGUUCCACGAUGUUGGGAUUCGCGUGUUCGUUCUCGACCUCUUUAACGCCGCCGGAGUCGCUGUGCUUCUUCUGGGUGGUGCUCGGUGGCAGCGCGUUGCUACACGGCGCGUGGAUGGGGGACGAGAACUUUGUUUCGAAGAAGGAACAGUACGCGGACAUGGUUCGGUCGUUUGCUCCGAUUAUGUUAAUGUUUUUCGGUCUGGGGAGACAUUACCUCUCGACUCAACUCAUCCUACAUGCUGCCAUCAUGAAUGCGAGGAACCUCGUUCGGCCAACAACAAUUUGUGUAAAUAUAAAUACUAAACAAUUAAGUGGUUGAUUUUCGGUUUUCGUGUUCUUGAGACUUUAAUUUGGACUCGUGUGUUCAGUCAUUUGAAUGAAUAAUAUGGACCUUGAUCAUUUAAGGGUUUAAA